AUGAUAAAGUUAUAUUGGUUAAAAAUUUCUUUAAAUAAUAAGUAUAUAUUUAUUAAUUUUAAAAAUAAAUAUAAAAAGAAUAUGAUAUUAAAUAUAUAUAAUAAAAAUUUAUAUAUUUAUAAAAAAUUAUUAAAUUUAUAUAUUAAAGUAUAUAAUGGUUAUAAAUUUAUACCUAUUUAUAUAAAUAAAUAUAAAUUAUAUAAUAAAAUAGGUAGUUUUAUAAAUACUAAAUAUAUUAAAAAUAAUUUAAAAGAGUUAUUAUUAAAUUAA